UGUUGAUGAUUUGAAAAAAACCAUAUCAUAAUUUACUAAAGUCUUGUAGCUCCCUGUAAACUUAUGUGUGUUACUAGGAUUUAAAAAAAACCACAUCAUUCGUUCCAAUUUCAUUGGUCCUUUUCAAAGUUUAAUUUAACAUAUUUCUCUCGCCCACUCAUCUGCAAGUUGUUAAAGGUGUGUGCUUGACAAAUGUUCAGACUGGAUUCUUUGUUCUUGAAGCUCUCCAAGCUUGUUUGUUUCUCUAAAUGAUAUCCAACAAAUAUUCUUGCAUGGGAGAAAUGGCUGUGCUUUGUGUGUUUGAGACUGUGUAAGCUUGUACCAAAUCGAAGAAGAAAGAUUAGCUUUGUGAGGUUUUGCAAUGCCAGUUCCUCUUGCACCUUAUCCAACACCUCCAGCCCCAUAUGCUCCUCCUGCUCCAGCUCCAGCUCCCCCUCCUCCUCCUCCUCCAGCCAACGGUGCACAGAGCCAGCUCGUGUGUUCUGGAUGUCGAAACCUGUUACUCUAUCCAGUUGGAGCAACCUCUGUAUGUUGUGCUGUUUGCAAUGCAGUAACAGCUGUGCCACCUCCUGGCACAGAAAUGGCCCAGUUGGUUUGCGGAGGUUGCCACACCUUACUGAUGUACAUCCGUGGAGCAACGAGCGUGCAGUGUUCUUGUUGUCAUACAGUCAAUCUAGCCUUGGAGGCAAAUCAAGUGGCACACGUCAAUUGUGGGAGCUGCAGGAUGCUGUUGAUGUACCGAUAUGGAGCACGGUCUGUGAAAUGUGCUGUUUGCAAUUUUGUCACACCAGUUGGGGUCUCAUCAAGCGUUAAUGAACGCAAGUUCAAUACCUGAAUUGUUACGCAGCUGAACUAAAGUUGGCCAUUACAAACUCUACAAAUAUGUUUUUGCAUAUUACAAUAUCUCCUCCGACGAUAGCAUCUCCCGGUGAAGAAGAGGAAAUCCCCUCCAGUCACAUGUAUAGAGUUAUAUUUUUCUCUCCCUUUUGCGUGGCCUACUUAAUUUGUAUGAAAAAUAAGCAGUUUUAGCGGAUUGAAUGAAUGUAUGUGAAGUAAUAAUAUUCAAUGGAAAGACUUUUAGACUGUGGCCCUGAACGCAUUUGGAAA